AUGGAGGCGCUGGAGCUCCUCGAGGCCGGGCUGAGCACACAGCCCGCGCCAAGCCGUGGGAAGAGGCCAGCUGCUGACGCGGGCUUGACAGCGUUGGGGCCACAAGGCAAGAACUCGCGGAUCGCGAGCGCGAAGCUUGCGGACACGCUGCCAGGCAAGAAGAGCAAGCUUCUUCGGGGCGCGGCGGACAGGAAGACCAAGGGCAAGGCUCAGGUCAAAGGCGGCCGAGAAAGCAAGGGCAAGGUGUUGCAGGGCGCAGGGCGCCAGAGACUGAAGAACAAGGCUCAGGAGGAGAUGUCGACAAGGCGGGAAAGAAAGGCUGAUCAGGCGGCGCCCAGUGCGGCAAAGCCACCACCUCAGCGUGCUGAACAGUCGGACCAGCCUGCGCUUUCCAGCAAAGUGGCGCAAAGGGACAAGCCCUUCUGCUACAAAGGAGCAAAGCAGGGCCUCCUCCGGGCCUUCAAGUACGCUCGCUCGUGGAAGGUGGCGGUGGAUUUUGCAGGCGUUGCCACGUCCAGCUUGUCACUACAGAUGCUGGGCGUUCCCUUCCGCCACGUGUGGCUGUCGGACAACGACGCUUCCUGCCAACGGAUGCUGCGAGAGCACUUCCAUGGCCAGGCGCUGGGCGACGCAAAGAGCAUGGACUUGAAGCAGCAGGAGCCCCCCGAGAUCUAUUUUGCCACUCCCCCUUGUCAGUCCUACUCCGUGUUAGGCAGUGGGGACGGCGAAGCUGACGCCCGUGGCGUCCUGUUGUUCCACCCGCUCAAGGUCUUGCGGCAACAUCGCCCGUCACUGGCUUUCGUUGAGAACGUGGCUACGUUGCUCACGAAGCACAAGAAGUCCUUCCAGCGCUUUGUGCGCGCUGCGGAAGACAUCGGCUACUGCGCAGUGAACAAGGACCAAUUGAAUGUCACCUUUCAUUUGAGGAAACUGGUGCAGCAUGCAGAAGAGCAUCAGCAGCUGAUGGGCAAAGCGGAUUCCAAGGAGUUCCUGGUGGUGGACAUCGGCUGCUCUAUGCAGUUUGCGCAGUCGAGGCUGGGCUGCGCUCCUUGCUUGACAGCGGCGCGAUGCAGCAACACGAACGGCUACUACAUCACUGGGCUGGAGCGCGCGAUGUCCAGACAAGACAUUCUCCGAUGCAUGGGGAUCCCAGUGUCAUUUUACCGCGCCUCCCGCGCCAAGGUAACAAGAGGCAAGUUUGGGCACAUGCUCGGCAACGCAGUGCCUUGCAACUUGUGGAUGCGCAUCAUACCGCGUGCGAUGAAGGCUGCGGGAAUGGUGAGUCCCCAAGCGCACGUGCCGGAUUAUUGGUGCGAGCUGCUGGCUUGGGCUCGGGCCCGCGGCUUGACCACGCCUGUGUAA